GUGAGGGCCUCGUCCAGCGCCGGGUUAACUUCACUGGUGUUCCCCUCAAGCUUCAUGGCUGCUUGUCGCCGCGCCAGCUCCUCUUCGUUGUCAACUGAUUUGCCCUUCUUUGUCUCCUCUGCCCCUUUCCCGUCCUCCGUCUCCUCUACCCCUGUUGCAUCCUUUGUCUCUCCUGCCUCUUGCGACUGUUCUCGUGCAUCCUCGUCUUGCUUCUCCCCUGCCUCUUUCUGCCUCUCUUCCGCAACCUUUCCAUCCCCCUCGUUCUCGAUGAUUGCCUCACUCUCCGGAGGGUAGAUCGUGGACGACGGCGCUUUGACCUUGCUCUCCUUUUCCUGGGCUGUAUCGCCCGACUGAAACUUGGCCAGGAGAGCAGCCACGCCUGCACCCUUUGCUUUCUUUG